GUGGCGGUAAUUGUUGUUUGCCAGCCGCCAUUAAAAUCCAAAAGAGGAAGCAAACGAAGAAGAAAAGGAGGAGGAGGAAAACGAAGAAGGAGGAAAGGUUAAUAUUUGGAGACUAAUAUAAAGUGAUUGUGAGUGUAUGUAAACCCUUUGGAGAGCCAGGAUGCCCCUGGAGGUCAGAUGGCCGUUCCCACAAUGCCCUGCACUGGCAUGGAGGGUCACCAGCUCCUUUGUCAUGGGCAUGGUGGGCACAUAUUCUUACAUCUGGACCAAGUACAUGAAUUACCUCACAGUCCACAAUCAGGAGGUUUUGUUGGACCUGAUUGACCAAAGGCCGUCCAACACGCCCCUUAUCACCUUAGCCAAUCACCAGUCCUGUAUGGAUGAUCCACAUAUCUGGGGUGUGCUGAAGCUCAAGCAGCUGUGGAACUACAACAAGAUACGGUGGACGCCGGCAGCAUCUGACAUCUGCUUCACCAGAGAGCUGCACUCCAGGUUCUUUAGCCGGGGAAAGUGUGUUCCUGUCUGCAGAGGAGAUGGUGUUUAUCAGAAGGGCAUGGACUUUAUUCUAGAGAAGCUAAACAAAGGAGAAUGGGUUCACAUUUUUCCAGAAGGGAAAAUCAACAUGAAUGAGGAAUUUAUCCGCCUUAAAUGGGGUGUUGGUCGGCUAAUAGCAGAGUGCUCUCUUAAUCCAAUCAUCCUGCCGCUUUGGCAUGUAGGUUUGAGCGAUGUCCUGCCAAAUGUGACGCCCUACAUUCCUCGAACUGGGAACAGAAUCACAGUCCUGGUGGGGAAACCUUUCAGUGUCAAAGAGCUGGUUGAUUCCCUCCGAGCCGAAAACAAGAGCCAGAUUGAAAUGAGGAAGACGUUGACUGAUUUCAUCCAAGUGGAGUUCAGGAACCUGAAAGCUCAGGCUGAGGUUCUUCAUAGACAGAUAGAGACCAGAUCCUGAGACUCACUUUACCAACUGACAUCUCGCAGCCACCAGGACCGAUGGACCCUUAACCUGAAACAGAUGGUAAAACGUUCAUCAUCGAUGGGUUUUAGACUCUGGUUUGGAUGCCUUAACAUUUUCUCAGGACGAACUUAACGACAUGCUGGAUUUUGAGUUAAAUUAUGAAGGAAAAAACAAUCACGAAUGAGCAUUUCCUGUAUUUUUGAUUAAUCAGAAUCUCCAGGUCUUGUUUAAAAGCAUGUUUUAAAAUAAGUUAGCAAAUGUGGUUGCUAUGAUGCGGUAGACAGAAAUCUGAUUAAUUUCAAUGUAUGUUGGAUCCAGUUAUUGUCUCUGCAGUGGAUGAUCAGGAAUCAUUUGUGCUCCUUGUUUUCAGCUCUUUCCUCUGAGGUCUAUGAAACGACAACAAACCUUUAUGAAUCAGUUCAAUCAAAUCUGUGCCUUUUUAGACUUUUUUUGUUUGUUUUACAUUUCUUUAAUGUUGAAUGUGUUGGAAAUACUAUUCCUUUCUCAUUUUUAAUUUCUGCCCUGAUUCAGCUACGUCGGUAUUUAGAAACGAUAAGAACGUGUUGUUUGACUCUGCAGGUGUUAAAACGUUGUCAGACUAGCAUAAGAACUUCAUACAGUUUAUGAAGGUGAGGAUUCCAGAUACAUCUACAGUCUUUACGCUGUGUGUAAUGUAUUGACGUUCAUUCUGAUGAUGCAGUUGGAGAACUUUACGUAAAGCUGUUCUUUAAAAAUACCCAGAGGUAUUAUACAGCUAAAAGAGCUUGUGGAUUUGCAAACAUGUAGAAAGUGAGGUCAGUCUUGGAGGUGGAGGUGUCCUACUUUGUGCCAAAGCAUCAGCACCAAUGCACUUACUACUGCUGUUUUUUUAUAUUUUUCUAUGUCCAUUAAGCUUUUCUACUUGGUUCUUCUCCCACAGUGUUGGAAACCCAUAGAAAAUUAAAAUACUGCAACAGGAGCAGCUUGGCCAGGAAUAAAGUGCAAUGACCUCUGUUAUAGGUCAACAUAUUGGAUUUGUCACAAUGGUAAAUGCACUGAAUUUAUUCAGCGCUUUCCCAAUCCUACCGACCACUCAAAGCGCUCUAGAUCACAGCCACAUUCUCCCCAUCACACGUCAACAUUCAUACAUCAAUAUGCAGGUCGGUAGGCAACUAGAGGUGAGGUGCCUUGCCCUGGGGCACAUCAGCAUGUGACAGCAGGAAUCGUACCCACAACUUUUCAAAUCGCAAGAAGACUACUCUUCCCACUGAGCCACAAUGAGAGACAGAAGCCAUUCCUCAGACAUAGUUUUUAGUUUCACUGAAAGUUGGACAUUUAAAUGCCUCUAACACUUUUUACACGUCACAACUUGCAUUAUAUAACCGUUUUUACGAUUUUACCACAGCAAGUUCAGUUCGAUGUGACACAGGCUAGAUUUUAAACCCAUUUAAAUGUUAUCUAUUUUUUUCAACCAGUUUCAUGUUGAUAAUUUAAAAAGGACAUAUGCAAAAUCCACUUUUUAGCCCUUAAAUGUUGUAUACUUGGUGUCUGUAGGAGUGCAGAAAAGUUGAAUUUAGUCUCUGGGUGCUGCGUAGAUAUCUUUAUAUUCUGAAUGGGUAUAUUUUUUAAUCCGUUCAGUUUUUUGUGUCAUCUAUUACGUGUUAGAACUGUUACAUCACAGUACUUGCUGCGGGACAAGGUCACCUCUGGCUAACCAAUUUCGCAAAUCCAUCUCUUUUAUAUACAGGUCCUUCUCAAAAUAUUAGCAUAUUGUGAUAAAGUUCAUUAUUUUCCAUAAUGAACUUUAUCACAAUAUGCUAAUAUUUUGAGAAGGACCUGUACACUGUAAUUUUGUGGUCCAAGCUCAGGUAUGCCAAAGCUGCAAGUGGACAAGACUAAACGUGUUGGGUGUAAUAACCCACACAAUUCAUUACACCGUCCCCAAGCAUCAGAACCUCUUUGAAGUAUAAUCUACACUCCUUAAUGUAGUUACUUGGUAUGGAUUGAGAGGGUGUAAAUACAGGAAUAACACACCAUUGCAAUGCAUUCACUUGAAGGUGCAGUUCUGUAGGUUUGUCAUCUUCAUUCUCCUCUCGCUCUGGGUCAGACUCUGGUUUGAACGUGUAAGGCUGGACGGACCCGUCUUCCCUAGUUAACAUCUUUUAAUCAGUUUGGGAAUAAAAAGUUUCUAGAUAAUUGUAUCUGUUAUCAAACUACAAAAAAUGGACCAAACAGGAUGGAUCGGAGCGCUUUUUGACCUGUUGGGGGGUGGGGGGUGAAGUUUCUCAGUAGCAUUUAAAGAGAUGGCACCAAACCGAGUUGCUCUCAAACUCACCUGAACAGGUAAAAGAGGAGCCUGUGGAGCUACAAGAACAAGGAGCAUUGCAGUUCCACUUUAUAUAGACCACAACAUAAUGAUUUAAGUGGGAAAAGGAAGGAUUUAAAAGCAUGAUAUGUCCCCUUUAAUCUCCACAUGUACACAUCGAAACUUUGGCAUUUUAAGCUACUUCCACAUCACGUCAGUCUCCCAACCCAAUAUUGUAAUUCACUCCCAUUAUAUGUCAGCCCUGAAUUUUACCAUGAAGGCUAAAAACGAGAAUGUCUUUAACCUGUUCCAUCUCCACAUGAAGCACAACAGACACACAAAACAUUGCAAGCAUGUUUACCACAAGGUUGUGCCACACCUGGGUUAUAAAUGAUCUGUGAUCGAUUUCCAGUUUUUUACAGCGUGACUUUUUCACAUCGUUCCUGUCUGUGCUUCUGUCUGAGGAUGAGAGCAGUGCUUUAAACUGUUGCCUGUCAUCUGAAGACCGAUUCAGAUGAUGAGCAACUGUUACGUUUACUAUUUAACUGAUCACUAUCACCAAUAUGGCUGGCUUUUUUUCACAGCCUGACAAUUAAACACCAAACACUGAUUUGUGACAUUCUUGAUGGUGUUGAAUGACCAUUCUGUAAAGUUUUUUUGGGAAAGUAUUUUCUGUAGAUCUAUAAACUGUUUGCGUCAAUACAUAUUUUGCACAAAUGAAGAUUUUUAAAUCCCCCAGAUUACUGGUUUUUCAAAGGGAAAUUAAGCAUUCACUUGUUUUUAUUCCAAGUGUAUCACCUUUCGACUAUUGAUACUCUUUCCUUCUGUAUGUUCUCAAUAAAGCAUUUAAAUUUUAA